GAAUCCAUUCAUUUAAUCUGUCAAGUGCGAUCAAUGCGUGUUGCAGGAGCGUUCGUGUUCGCCCUCGUGGCCCAUCUGGCCGCCGCCCAAAUCGCUGACGUGGACUGGUGGAAAACCACCACCUUCUACCAGGUCUAUCCUAGAUCGUUUAAGGAUACGACGGCUGAUGGAAUCGGUGAUCUGAAAGGAAUAUUGCAAAAAUUGGACCACUUUGUCGACAUCGGCAUCGGCGGUGUGUGGCUCUCCCCAGUUUUUAAAUCGCCAAUGAAGGAUUUUGGUUACGAUGUUUCCGACUUCAGGGACAUCGACCCCAUUUUCGGCACAAUGGCCGAUUUCGAAAAUCUUGCUAAAGGAUGCAAAGAAAGAGGUUUAAAAUUGGUACUUGAUUUUGUCCCGAACCACUCAAGCGAUGAACACGUGUGGUUCAACAAGUCCAUUUAUAAAGAAGAGCCUUACACUGAUUACUACACGUGGCUUGAUCCUAAAGGUUUGAACGAAAGUGGAAGUCCCAUUCCACCAAACAAUUGGCUCAGCGUUUUUGGAGGCUCUGCUUGGGAAUACAAUGAGGUGCGAGAACAAUUCUAUCUACACCAGUUUGUUGCCGGACAGCCUGAUCUAAACUACAGAAAUCCAGCAGUUGUUGAAGAAAUGAACGACAUUCUCCGCUUUUGGAUGGACAAAGGCGCCGAUGGCUUCCGUUUAGACGCCAUUCCGCACUUGUUGGAGGACCAAAGCUUCCCUGACGAGCCGCUGUCAAACGACCCCGAAUUCACGUCUGACCAGUGGGGCUACCUUUCGCACAUUUACACCACCGAUUUGCCCGAACUUUACGACGUGAUUUACGGAUUCAGAGACGUCGUCGAUCAGAAGCAGGCCGAGCUCGGAAGACAAAUGGUCAUGAUGGUGGAAGCGUACACCAGUUUGGAAAACACAAUGAAGUACUACGGAAGUGGUGACAGAAAAGGAGCUCAUUUCCCAUUCAACUUUGAAUUUGUCACUAAUGUCAAAAACGAAACAACGGCAGCCGAACUGAAACAAAUCAUUGAUCGGUGGCAAAAUAGUUUGCCCGACGGAGCCUGGUCUAACUGGGUGAUUGGAAACCACGACAGAACAAGAGUGGCCUCUCGAUUUGGCCGGGACUUUGGUUUGGCCGCCGUGAUUAUGGGCCAGUUGUUGCCCGGAUCUGCCAUCACCUACAAUGGAGAGGAGAUCAACAUGGAGGACACGUGGAUUUCGUGGAAGGACACAGUUGACCCUCAAGGGUGUCAGGCUGGACCUGAGUACUACCAGAAGUUUUCUAGAGACCCCGUGAGAACACCUUUCCAGUGGGACAACUCAACUUACGCUGGUUUCACCAUUCCUGACUCCAGCAAACCUUGGCUGCCAGUGAAUGAAAAUUAUAAAGAGCUCAAUCUCGCCGAGCAAAAAGAGAUGGCCAACAGCCCAUACCACAUUUACAAAAAGUUAACUGCCCUGAGAAAAGAAAGGGCGGCUGUCCAGAGGGGAAGUCUGACAACCAAAACUGUGGGCGACAAUAUUUUUGCAUUCACAAGACAGGUUGACACGGAGGGUGAAAAGGCCGUCCUUGUGGUGGUUAAUGUUGAUGACGCAGAGGUCACCGCGGACGUGACCAGCACCGUUCCCUCACUGCGAGCAGGAGAACAGUUGACCUACCAUGUGGGCACUUUGGAAUCGCCAUAUGACGCUGACGAAAUGAUUGCUCCGUCGUCAGUGAAGGUUCCUGCAAGAGGUGCUUUGGUUUUCCUUUACACAAACAGUGCCACAUCCAUUGCAGCAACUUCUUUGUUAUUGUUGGUUUCCACAUUCCUUGCACUGUUUAAUUAAGAAUUUAAUCAAAAA